UAUUCACACAGCGUUUGUGUAAUCUGAAGGAGGUAUGGCGCCUUGAUGGCUUGGUACGAGCACACACUCUGCUCGCUGUCAUGGCAGACAAGACUUCACCUGAGCACCAGCUUAACCUGCUCCGAGCCUACACCUUUGUACUUCGAAUAUGGCAGGUGUCCAUGGCAGUGGGUUGUGAGAUUUCCACUGAGAUGGCAAAGACUCAGCCAUCCCAGCCUCCUCCCUCUGCUGGAUCCAAAAAAGGCAAAGACAAGGGCAAAGGCAAAAAGCCCUCCCCUGCAGAAGACAAACCUAAACCUGUUGUCUUGGAUCAGGCACUUCCUUCCACCCCAAAAGACUGGGCUUGCUACGUCUGUCCUGACCAGGCCAGGCAGAUCUUCAGAUCCAACAGUAACCCUCACUGUAUCAAUGCACACAGCAUUAGAAAGAAGACUCAAAGCCUGUUUUAUCUCAACCUGCUGGAAAAAGAACUUCACUCACUCUCACUGGACCACCUGACGCUGCCCAUAAUCCAUUUAGCUGAGACCAUUGCUCAUGACCUUUUGGAAAAUAGGAGCCUGUCCUACCUCUACCGACUUAGAAUUGUGAAGAGCUGUUGUGAGCUAGGUUUGGAGUCACAGUGCCCAUAUCAGGAGAAGCUCCUGAAUCUGAGUAGAAUCCAAGAACAAGAACAGAUGAGAUGCCACAAAGCGAUUGCUUUUUCACAGGAGAGGAGAGGCCUUCAGAAAGCUUACAUUCAGGUCAGCCUGCUUUUCACAAAAUAAAUAUAUCCGUUUUAAAUUCUGCAUCAGCUGUUCCACAUUCCACACAAGGGUUUACAAGAAAUUAAAAUGAAU